CGGAGCCACCAAGACAGACCGCGGGGAAGGAAGGAAAAAAAUGACUCGACUUGCAGGCUCAGCGCUUUGGCGGCUGCGGCACCUCUUCUCGCACCUCUCCCGCUCUGCAACGCCGGCAGAGGUCCCGGGAUCCAGGGCUGCCUAUAGCACUGCCAUAACCUCAGCGAAAGUAGAAGUGAAUGGCGUCCACCUGCACUACCAACAGACUGGAAAUGGGAAUCACGCUGUCCUCCUACUCCCUGGCAUGUUAGGCUGCGGUCAGACUGAUUUUGAUCCACAGCUGAAGAAUAUGAACAAGGAGGUUUUUACUGUUGUUGGCUGGGACCCUCGAGGAUAUGGAAAAUCAAUCCCUCCUGUUCGAGAUUUUCCUCUAGACUUUUUUGAAAGAGAUGCAAAAGAUGCUGUUGACUUGAUGCAGGCACUGAAGUUUCAGAAGUUCUCUUUAUUGGGAUGGAGCGAUGGUGGAAUAACUGCACUCAUUGCAGCUGCAAAAUAUCCAGAACUGAUCCGCAAAAUGGUGGUUUGGGGAGCCAAUGUGAUCAUUACAGAAGAGGAUGUGAAAAUUUACAAUGGUAUCCGUGAUGUUUCAAAAUGGAGUGAAAAAAUAAGAAAACCUUUGGAAGAAAUGUAUGGACAUGAAUAUUUCAGCAAAAUGUGUUCAGAUUGGGUAGAUGGAAUCUCCCAAUUCGUGCAAAAGUCAGAUGGCGAUAUCUGUCAGCGUCUGCUGCCUCAUAUUAAAUGCCCAACGCUAAUUAUACAUGGUGAGAAAGACCCAUUGGUACCCCGUUUUCAUGCAGAAUAUAUCCACAAGCGUAUCCAAGGUUCACAGUUGCAUUUUAUGCCUGAAGGAAAACAUAACUUACAUCUACGGUUUGCGGAAGAGUUUAACAAAAUGGUAGAAGAAUUUCUUGUGUAAAGCACCUACUCUUCUUUGCUGUUCCUGAGAGAUUGGUAUAGUUCAGCUGAAACUGGCAACAGCGAAUUGUAUUCUUAAGGGAAAGAGUGCAACAAGGGAACUUAUAUUGUUUGCCCUACUGAUCUUUUCUCCAAAUGGGAGCAAAACUGAUGUAUGCCAACAAUUCUGGGACAUGGAAGAUGAUUAAAAACUGCUAGAAGUGAGAAUAUUUUCUCAAAAGCUUUGGAGAAAUGUUAAGGGAGCCGUGCAAGUUUCAAUAAAUACUUUUAUUGCCCAGAUUCAA